AUGGAUACUUUUACCAAUUGCCCGGGAUUCUGCCCCUCCUGUGGCUCCAUUCUGCCCGAGCUGCAAGUCAAGGGCAACGUGAUUUGCUACAACUGCAAGCAGGAGUUUCAGCCAGAUGUUUAUAGCGGUGAGAAGUCGGAGUUCACCAUCCAUUUCAACACCUAUGAUCCCAGCAAGGUGUUCAACAGGACCAAAAGGGAAUCGGAAUCCUCGGAGGCGGAUGGUCCCGUGGUGGAGAGGAAGUGUCCCAAGUGCAACCACGACAAGAUGUCCUACGCCACCCUGCAACUUCGAUCGGCGGACGAGGGACAGACGGUGUUCUUCACCUGCCUCAAGUGCAAAUUCAAAGAAUCGGAAAACUCCUAGAUGCUAACAAUACCUGUGUAAAUAGUCUUAUAACUAGUGAAAGUAAUCAUGUUCAACGGCCUGCAAAAUAUAGAAUAUUCAAUUUGUAA